AUGGCUGCGGUUUUUUGAACGGGACCAACCGUCAUUUUUAUGUUAUCGUUUGACCGUUACAGACACGAAUAUUACUGCUGAGUCAGGUUGUUGUUGUACUGACUAUUUACUAAAUGUCAAAGCUAUCAGAAAGAUUAUUGAUCAAGAAGAAACCAGUGACGCCUGUAAAGCCAGAUGACAAAAACGAUAAAGGAGAGCCAUCAUUCAUUCAGCCGCCUACUGUCACACAAAAUCCAUUCCCUGCAAGAGGAAGGGGAAGGGGAAGAGGAAGAGGACGGCUUCCUGUCACACAAGAAGUGGGGCUGCCACCAGCUCUGGAAGACCCCAUUGUCAAACCAAAAGGUAGAGGAAGAGGCCGCCUUGACCCGAAAUUUUACCACCUUUUGCCCAAAACAGAUGACAACAAAGACAACAAAGAUGCCAAUGCAGGUCAAACGGAACAAGCAAGGGAAUCAAUUCAACCACUACCGUUGAAUUGGUUCCCUUGUAUUAAUGAUGAAAAGGAGAUGAUGAAAUUUAUACAACAACAGGCAAGAGGAAGAGGAAAAUGGUUCUACAUACAAAAACAGUAAAAUAGUUCUCCUUUAAAGGUUUUCUAGAAACCUUUAAAUGUUAGAUUGAUAUAAAAUAAAGAUUAGCUUUGACAUAA